UCCAAGUUUUUCUCUCAAUAGGUUUCUUUCUCUCCUCUAAGCGCCAAAACAGUUUCUUCUUUUUGUUAAUUUCGUUAGGGUUUUGUAAAAUUCCUUCCCCAAAACCUAACCAAUUCAAAUAAUUUCACACUGAAAUUUUACCUCUUCAUCCAAAAAUAUCAGAAGCUCGUGAUCGAGGCAGCAAUUCGGAACAAUGUCUACCCUAGAAAUUGAAGCUCGUGAUGUGAUCAAAAUUGUGCUUCAGUUCUGCAAAGAAAACAAUUUAAAUCAAACUUUUCAGACUUUGCAAGGUGAGUGCCAGGUCUCGUUGAAUACCGUAGACAGCCUUGAAACAUUUGUCGCUGAUAUCAAUAGUGGAAGGUGGGAUGCUAUACUGCCUCAAGUUGCACAACUCAAGCUUCCUAGACAGAAGCUGGAGGACUUAUAUGAGCAGAUUGUUCUGGAAAUGAUUGAGCUUCGAGAAUUGGACACUGCACGAGCUAUUUUGAGACAAACUCAGGCAAUGGGUGUCAUGAAGCAGGAGCAGCCUGAAAGGUAUUUACGACUGGAGCAUCUCCUAGUUCGAACUUAUUUUGAUCCACAUGAGGCUUAUCAAGAAGCAACUAAGGAGAGACGCCGUGCACAAAUUGCUCAAGCAAUUGCUGCCGAAGUUACUGUGGUGCCGCCUUCAAGAUUAAUGGCUCUCAUUGGUCAGUCCCUGAAAUGGCAGCAGCAUCAAGGUAUGCUGCCCCCGGGAACUCAGUUUGAUUUGUUUAGAGGAACCGCUGCGAUGAAACAAGAGGAAGAUGAAACUUAUCCAACAACACUUGGUCAUCCUAUCAAGUUUGGAAAGAAAAGUCAUCCGGAAUGUGCUCGUUUCUCGCCAGAUGGGCAGGUCCUUGUAUCUUGCUCUGUUGAUGGGUUUAUUGAGGUUUGGGACCAUAUAAGUGGGAAGCUCAAGAAGGAUCUUCAGUACCAGGCUGAUGAUGCUUUUAUGAUGCAUGAUGAUGCUGUCCUAUGUGUUGAUUUUAGUAGAGACUCGGAAAUGCUUGCAUCUGGGUCACAAGAUGGAAAGAUUAAGGUUUGGCGGUUAAGAACGGGUCAAUGUUUGCGUCGUCUUGAACGUGCACAUUCGCAGGGUGUCACAAGUGUCGUUUUCUCUCGUGAUGGAACCCAACUGCUAAGUGCUUCCUUUGACAGCACUGCAAGGAUCCAUGGCCUCAAAUCUGGGAAGUUGUUGAAAGAAUUCCGUGGCCACACAUCCUAUGUGAACGAUGCUAUCUUUACUAGUGAUGGGUCUCGAGUUAUUACUGCUUCUAGUGAUUGCACAGUCAAGGUUUGGGAUAUGAAGACCACCGAGUGUUUACAAACGUUCAAGCCACCACCUCCGCUGAGGGGAGGUGAUGCUUCUGUCAACUCUGUCCAUCUUUUCCCAAAAAACACGGAUCAGGUUUUAGUUUGCAACAAAACAUCAUCGAUAUACCUCAUGACACUACAAGGACAGGUUGUAAAGAGUUUCUCAUCCGGUAAGAGAGAAGGUGGAGAUUUCGUUGCUGCUUGUGUAUCUCCUAAAGGAGAAUGGAUAUAUUGUGUAGGAGAAGACAGAAAUAUGUAUUGUUUCAGCUACCAAUCGGGCAAACUUGAACACCUAAUGAAGGUUCAUGAGAAGGAUGUUAUCGGGGUUACUCACCAUCCACACAGAAACGUGGUUGCCACGUACAGUGAUGACUCUACAUUGAAAAUAUGGAAGCCUUAGAGUUUUUAAUUGCAUCCAUAUGUUUUGUAGCCUCUGUAAUAGAAAAUUGAAACCCCAAUGUUAUUUAUCUAGGCAUUCGAAUGGGCUCAUCUGUAUCUCAAUAUGGACUAUGGAGAACUGAAACAGGGGUCAAGAUAUCGAUUCAUUGUAUUUUAUUGGCAGGGUAGUUAUUUUUCGUAACAUCCAGUUUUGUAAUGUCUAUCUAACCAUAGAAGUAAUUUUUUCAUACAGAA